UGUUUUUGUCUAUGAUCAUUCAACUAACCUGAAACCUCUGAGUAUAUUAAAUUUGUUAUUGUUAUUUAAAAUAAUUGAUAUUCCAUGAUUUAGCUUUACAUAAAUUGAGUUCAUUAAAUAAAUAGUAUUUAUUUUGUUAAAAAGCACACGGUAUGGACGGUCAUGGGCCAUCCGGCACCGGUUCCACCAACAGUGGGCCGAUGGGACCGCCGGGCAUUUCAAGUUUUCCCCCUAUGCCACCGCCACCUAUGGUGCCAGGAGGGAUGCCUCCACCACCUGUAGGGCCUCCUGGAGCGAUGCCCCCGGUUAGUUCGACUGGUGGUCCCCCAAAUAUGCCUCCGAACAUGGGUCCUCCACCGGGUAUGAUGGGCAUGGGCCCACCUGGUAUGGGCCCUCCGCCUCCGCCUGGGAUGGGUCCUCCUCCAGGAAUGGGUAUGGGACCGAUGGGACCACCAGGGAUGCCGCCGCGAAUGCCGCCGGGGAUGAUGCGUGGACCAAAUAUGAAGGGUAAUUUUAAUCCAGCAAUGGAUAUGGGCCCGCCUGGUAUGGGGCCUCCACCAAAUAUGGGUCCGCCGGGCAUGGGUCCUGGGAUGUCGCCUUGGGAAGCACAAGGACCACCGUCCGGCCCACCAGGGUGGGGACAUCAGGGAAGAGGAGAUGGUCCUCCCGGCUGGGAUGACCACAUUGACGACAGAGACGACGAUGAUGACAUAGACAACAAUGAUUCAGCCCCACCUCCUGGCUCAUCAUUACCUUCUUUAUUGACCAUGAAGAUAGAUACACCUGAAGAGUUUAGAAAUAAACCGCAAGCUCCCCCAGGUACAGGUGGUGUUGUAUUGCCAAAAGCUUUAGAAGAAGCCCUAGCAUACAAGGAUCAAAGACAGGCUGCAUUAGGAAAUGACAAUGAAAAAGCAGCCAGCAAGCAAAUGCAAGCACCACCUGCACCCGUGAUCAGCACAGAGUAUGAUGCUGAGGAGGAAGGGGAUUCUGACGAUGACAACAUACCUGAAGCACCAAUGCCACCUGUUAUUUCCAAACAAGAGGUUCAAGCCAACAAAGCAAAUAAAAACAAACGAAAGAAGAAAAAGAAGAAGGUCGCCAAACAGAAGCGUAUAGAAGCCAAGAAGCAGGACACGGUCAAAACAAAGAAUCAGACACCAAGUGACAAGAAAUCUAGUGACAAAGAAAAUGCCAAGGAAGUUGAAAUUGAGUAUGUCCAGGAAAACAUCCAAUUCCACGAGAUGGAGCCAAUGUACCGUCAGUUCCAUCGUAUUCUGGAAGCUUUUAAAAUCACAGAGCAGAAGGAUGAGUCAAAGGACGAUCUGGGCAAAGAUGCGCCCAAACCGCUAAACAAGCCCCAGGAGAAGGUCACAGAUCAGUUUGCAGCUGAUGAGGAGGCUGUUGAGAAACACGCAGCAGAUGAAAAAGAGCGUCUAUCUAAGCGCAAAUUAAAGAAGCUGUCGCGGCUAUCGGUCGCCGAGUUGAAGCAACUGGUUGCGCGACCAGACGUAGUGGAGAUGUACGACGUGACCGCGCGCGACCCCAAGCUGCUCGUGCAGCUGAAGGCGCACCGCAACACUGUGCAGGUGCCGCGACACUGGUGCUACAAACGCAAGUAUUUGCAAGGCAAGCGUGGUAUAGAGAAGCCGCCGUUCGACCUGCCCGACUUCAUCAAGAAGACUGGCAUCAUGGAGAUGCGAGCGUCCUUGCAAGACAAGGAGGAGACCAAGACGCUCAAGGCCAAGAUGCGGGAGCGCUCGCGACCUAAACUCGGCAAGAUCGAUAUCGACUACCAGAAGCUGCAUGAUGCUUUCUUUAAGUGGCAGACGAAACCCCGCAUGACAAUCCACGGUGAUUUAUACUACGAAGGCAAAGAGUUUGAGACCCGACUGCGUGAGAAGAAGCCAGGCGACCUUUCCGAAGAGUUGCGCACCGCACUCGGUAUGCCAGUUGGGCCCGGGUCACAUAAGGUCCCGCCGCCGUGGCUGAUCGCGCAGCAGCGCUACGGGCCGCCGCCCUCGUACCCCAACCUCAAGAUCCCCGGCCUCAACGCGCCCAUCCCCGACGGCUGCGCCUUCGGCUACCACGCCGGCGGCUGGGGCAAGCCGCCCGUCGACGAGGCCGGCAAGCCGCUCUACGGCGACGUGUUCGGCCACCAGAGCCAGGGGCAGGAUGACGCUGAGGACCAGGAUAUAGACAGGACCAUGUGGGGUGAACUAGAAUCUGAAUCUGAGGAAGAAUCGGAAGAAGAGGAAUCCGACGAGGGCGAGGGUGAGAAGCCGGGAGAAGGGGAAGUGGCAGCCGGAGUGGCAACACCAGGCGAGGGUCUCGUCACACCGCUCGGCAUUAGCUCCGUGCCGCCAGGUGUGGAGACACCCGAUACCAUAGAACUGAGGAAGAAGAAGCUCGACUCUGACAUCGAGGGUGGCGACACUCCUGCGUUGUACCAAGUAUUGCCGGAGCGACGCGUGGGGCUGACGGCCGGCAUGAUGGCCUCCACCCACGUCUACGACAUCAACGCAGCUAAUCCUGGUAAACGAGCAGUGAGCACAUCGGGGGCCACGAGCGAAGCGGCGGCGGGCGGCGUCGAAGUAGCACUUGAUCCGUCAGAGUUGGAACUGGAGCCCGAGGCGGUAGCGGCGCGGUACGAGCGACAUCUACGAGAGACGAGGCCUAAGGGACGGGAAGAUCUGUCUGACAUGCUUGCUGACCACGUCGCCAGACAAAAGAACAAACGGAAAAGGCAGCAAAAUACAGACUCGAAGCAAGCGAAAAAAUACAAGGAAUUCAAAUUUUAAUUGUCCGUUUAAUAGUCUAAGUUUAAUUACCGUACAAUAUUUGUGUAUGUGUGAUGAUAUUGUAAUUAAGUUCGUAUCGUAUGUAUUACCUGAUGAAAAUAAAACACUUACAUAUAAUAAUU